AUGAUUACUGAUAAAAAAAUAGAUAAUACUAGAAAACAGACCAAGAAGCAAAAUAGAAUAGAUUUAUUAAAGUUGUUAGGAAAAAGAAUAAGAGCAAAAGCCAGAGGCAAACUCAACAACUAUGACAAAGCAGAUAAUCUAAAUAUUAAAAGAGGUAUAUCAAAGUAUAAAAAGUUCAAAAAGCCAGAUCAAUACAAACUUGAAUAUAUAGCCUUGGCCUCUUGCAAAAUAAAAAUUGCCCAAAUAAAAGCUAAAGAAUACUCAGUAAAAAAGGCAACAAAAUUUCUUAGAAAGAAACUUAAAACUGAUAACAACUUUAACAAAUUUAAAAAUCUUGGUAUUAUUACUAGAUCUCUAAAAAUAGUUCAAAAAACUACUAAUAAAAAACAAAAAAAAAGUUAUAUUCUGGAAACUAGCUUAUAG